AUGAAAGCACAAGUCAUUAAUGAUUAUCUACAACCUUCUGAAUUUAAAUCUGAUUGGGAAUUGCCAACAUUCGAUCCAAAGAGUGACCAAGUGAUGGUUCGAAUGAAAUCAUCUUCCAUGAAUCGUGGCGAUUACACAAUUAGAAGUGGAGCAGUCAAGACUUUUGUUUCCUUAAAGUUUCCAUAUAUUUUGGGAAAGGAAGGCAGUGGUAUUGUGGAGAGAGUUGGAGAGAAGGUAAAAUCAAUUCAGAUUGGUGAGCAAGUUGCUGGAAUUUUUGGUGAGGUCACUAAAAAUGGAACAUUUGCAGAGUUUGCAGUUUUUAAAGAGAAGGAAUUGGUUAGAAAACCUGAUUGUCUGGAUUUUGAUCAAGCUUCGAUAAUGCCUGCUAUUGGAAUGGCUAUUGUGGAAAUGUGUCGAUCACAUGAUUGGAUUUUACCAAUUAUUGAAAGAGAGGCAGAUAGAAUUGCCAAUGGUCAAGGGCUGACACCAGAAUAUGAUGAAUCUGAAAAGAAAUCCAUGACCAUUGUUGUGAUUGGAGCUAGUUCAGGAACUGGAUGUAUGGCAGUCUUGUUUGCCAAGAACUUUUUAACUAGAUAUUUUCAUAUCAAAGUAAUUGCAGUGUGCUCUGAGAGGAAUGUAUCAGUUGUGAAACAACUUGGUGCAGAUGGAGUAAUUGACUACACCAAGACAAGUGCAGCAUUGGGAAAUAAUACCUAUCACUCAGGAGAUGAAAAAUUGAGUAUUUUCCAAACUCUUAAAAAGGAUUUCAAUAUUGAUUUUGUAGAUAUGAUUAUGGACUGUGUUGGAGGAUACUAUUACUAUGACGAUUUAACUAGACACUUGAAAUGUCUGAGUGAUGAUGGACGCAGAACAUAUCAUGUAGCAAUAGCUCCACCAGGACCUCUAGAAGUUACAUUCUCAAGCAUUCCUUCCAUUCUGUGGUAUAUUGUCAAGAAUAAGGCAAAGAGUUGGUGGUCAGCUCAGAAUCCGUAUUAUUUCUUCUUUUCCACCAGUCCAGAUAAUCCAAGAAUAUUGAAAUUUCUCUCAAGUGAACAAGUGUGUCCAAUCUUUACAAAGAUUCCAAUCACUAAAUUUACAUUAGAAGAUAUCCAGAGAGCUGAUGAGUUGAUGGAAUCACAACGAACAGUUGGUAAAAUUGUUAUAAACAUGUAG